UGGAACUCGUUAUUUACCCUGUCCGAUGACGUUGUUUAAUGUCAUUGCUCUAUCACACGUGGCGGCCUACGUCAAGGCUGUCCUGAAUAAACUUCGCUCUGAACGGCAAUUUUAUUGGGGAACACGGUAAUAUGACAUCUUUGCCACUACUGCUAUUUCACUAGCAUUUUGUUAGAUAUGAAUUUUGUCUUCCUUCCUACAGUCUUGGUAGGAGGUCAGCAAGGAUCCGCGUGAGCUGCGCCGGUUUGCCAGAAUUUACCGUAUUCAGCUGAGGUUUUAUAUGUUGAGCGAUUGUAAGACUGGGAAACUGUCAUGUUAUGAAACAAAUAAUGGCCAUUGUAACUCAGGAGGAGUCGUCUUCCAAUUAUGGGUUAAUAAUUGAUCAAAUGAAGAUGGAGAUCGAGGAAUAUAAAGUUGAUUCUAGUCGUUUUCGUUCUAUUCUUUCGUCGGUUCAUUUGCCAUCAGAGUUAUCAAACAUAGGAAAACUCUUGGCAAAGUCAUUACAAACAACUUCUGAUGCAUUGGAUGUUAUAACACCCUGUGAAUUGAAUUUAACUUUGGCUUUAAGCGAUCUAAGCCAGGAGUUGCAGGAAUCUGAGAUAACGCUUGAUUCAAGUCAAAAAAGAAUACAAAAUUAUAAAAGUAAAUUUUCUGAUAUACUUAAUACAAAGGAGUUUUGGCGACGUGAGCUGUCACGACUUGAAUCGUUAGAAGAGCAGCAACAGCAAGAGAGCAGCAACACAAAGAAAUCAACUUCAUUUCAUUCAAAAAAGAUCAAACAAUAUGACGCCGAAUUACGGUCAAAUAAACAAUUACUUUCAUCAGCUGGUUAUGAAGACAAUAUAUCACAUGAAACAUUAGUAUCUUUAGGAAAUGAAGUUUCCGAAAUGGAAAUGAAAUUGAAGCCGUUAAGACUUCAGUUAAAUUCAUAUAAAGAUCUGCAACCAAGUCUUGCUCAAGCUCAAAUAAAACUUGAAGAAAAGAAAAUUGAGUUUAAACAAGUUGAUAAAGAAUUUUCUGAUAAACUUGGUGAAAUUGGUGCAAAUGCACCUAGUCUAUGAUUCCUAUAUUUUACAUGUGGUAUUGUUUGCUACCAGGUAGCGCCACAUGUCUGCAUAUAUUUUGAGGUAAACUCAAAUGCCCAUACUUAUUCCCUGGUUUAAAAAUGAGAAAUGCAUAAAUAAUUUUCAUGUGAAAUUGCAUAAAUGUAAAUGCUGAUCAGUUCAUAAAAUAGUAUGAACAUUAAUGUCUGAAUGUGCACUUUUGAAGAUGUAACAAAUUGGUAUCAGACCAAAGCCAUUCACUUUUGUCAUAUACUUGUGUUUUUAGGUGUUACAUUGGAGUUGACAUUUCAACUCAGGGUCAGAGUUGUGAAUUAGCAAAAAACAUUCAACAUUAAAGUUUCUGUGAUAAACAUGACAGCUAUUUCUGAUUCAUAGUCUUAAAAUAGAAAAAUAUAGUUGGAGAUACCUUUGGGAAGCUUAUGGAAUAGAGUUGGUACUUCAGCCUGUGAUCCCUAUGUACACCUUCAAGUUUCUUGAAUAGUUUAGAUAUGAAAAGAUGGACUGUUAUUUCAAAAAUUUGCUCAGCAUCACUAUUAUAUAGAAAAUGUUUUGUUAUAGGUGCAUUGUUAAUAAUUGAUUUUUGGACUGCCCUGUUAAUUUUUUUAUGGAAGUGUUGCUGUUUUCACUUGAAUAGAAAUCAAUGUCAAUCGGGCAUUGCCCGGAUGUAAAUACAUGUUUUCUUCAAUUUUGUGUAUUGGUGGAUUCUCCCAGAAAUAAAAGACUCUGUGCAAACCAUGUUUCAAUCAUAUAUUUACCUUCCUACUUAGUAAAUAUUUUGCAUCAAAUCUUUGAGAAUGUUGGAUAGAAUCAACAUAUGAGCUUUGCAUAUUCACCACAUGGACUUGUCAUAAAGCUUGUUGAAUGCUCAUAUUAAGCUAUUCUAAAAUGUAUUAACAUAUUUGCAAUCAACAUUUCUAUAAAUCUACCAUACUACCAUGCGUUUUUUUAAGAGUAUACGUUUUUUUAGCAUAUCACUGCCAUUUCCUAAUUUAUUGUUUUUUUUAAUAGA